AUGAAUAUUGAAGGUCAAUUGAUUAGUUUGGGAUGGUCAAUAAAAACAGAUUUUUUUGAAAAAAAUAAACAACAACUUGAUAUAAUUAAAAAACAAUUACUUGAUGUUGAUUUAAGAGAAAUUGGUGAAGAAUCUUUGCCUGAAAUAACAAAACUUGAUGAAACAAUAAAACCAUAUAUUGUACAAUUAUAUGAAACUCGUAAUGUAACAGCACCAAAAGAUAAGGAAACAUCAUCGAAUAAACCACAUCUUUAUCGAUUAACAAUAACUGAUGGACAUGUUUUUCAAAGUGCACUUAUUUUACCAUCACUUAAAAAUUUUAAGUAAAUAAUAAAAUUGAAUUUUUAUU